AUGCCACCACCACUUGUGCUUGAAUUCAAUGGAGAAUUGCUCAAUGCAUUUGAGGAGGAGUUUGGUGAACUACGUGCAUGGAAAGAUUAUCCUUACAAGGUGACAAACCCUGAUUCUUGGGAGUAUAUUUGGGGGCUACUUCCAAGAGACGUUGUUACAAACAUAUCCCGAAGUGUUGUCAAACUUACUUCAUUCAAUGGAAGUGUGAGGUGUUUUGCAUGCACAGGCUUGCUUAUAAAGUGGCCUGGAACUAAAGGCAUGCGCCCUGUCGUUCUCACUUCGGCCAGUUUGGUUAGAGGUCCUGAUGUUCACUCUGAUAUUGAUAAAAACUUAACGAUUCACGUGUUUCUUCCACCAGGACAACAUUCCAAGGGGACAUUAAUAUACUACCAUUUAGGCAUUAAUCUUGCUAUCGUCAGUCUUGAUAAGGGUAUCCAUGGCAUUCGGCCAGUUGAUCUUUGCCGUGAAGAGGAUUUAUUUAAACCAGUAGUAGCUAUAGGGCGUCAAAUUGAAGAAGGAUUCUUAAUGGCAACAAAGGGGGAAGUUCGUUGCGUGCUUAGGUCAGAUUAUGGAUUCUCCACUUGCAAAAUCAAUAAGGCUGGGAUUGGAGGGCCCCUUAUUAAUUUUGAUGGGGCUUUUGUUGGCAUGAAUCACUAUGAUGGAAAAGAAGCUUGUUUUCUUCGUAGGCAUAAGAUUGUCGAAAUUCUAAAGAAAGAGAUCAAUAGGCGAGUACAAAGUGGAUCUAUGGGCAUGCUUCAUGGAGUGGGACCUAAUGAGCAUACCCGGUGGCCAGUGCCCCAGCCAUACUGGCGCCAUGAUCUACUUGAUGUCGAUUUGUAUGAGCUACCCCCGCAUAUUGGAAGAACACUCAUGUAGAAUUUCUGCUGCUGGUGCCUAU